AUGAGGUACCCAAAGACUUCGGUGCCGGCGCCUUCAGAGCGUCAUCCAAUCAGGUUCAGGAGCAUUGCAAGCACCUACAAAUGGGCCAGUGUUUUCAUGGAAGCAGCAGCGGACAAGUAUGGAUCACUCUGGCUGGCGAAACGCCUUCGCCGAUGGCGAUGGUCCUUGUCUACCGCCUUUAGUGGUGUUGGUUGUGCGGAAAGUGCAGCUUUGAGUCUUCAAGCAGCCGGUGGCCAAUUCUUACUUGAAGGAAAUCACAGCACCAGGAGAUCUAAGAAUGUGGUCUUGAAGAGUGGCUGCGAAAUCGACAAAGAAUGUCAGCUUGUUUUGAAAAACACUUUCGGCCACUGCAACUACCCUGAUGUGACUUGUGUCGAUUUCGGGAAGAACAAGGGGUCCUUUUGCACCACCCACCAACGCCACUGCCCGCAAGCCCGAGAUGAUCCAACCCGCCCAGUGUGCAUUUGCUUUUCUCCGAUGGGAACUCAGUUGAAGGAAUCCCAUCCACAGUUUGAAAGCCAUGAAUCGUACUACAAGAAGUACUCAAUGGUUUCUGAUGUGAUGGUAGUCGAGAACGUGGUGGAAUAUGGAGAUGAAAUUGCAAAAAAACGGUUGGGAGAAAAUUGGGAAGUGCGUAGUAUUAGCUUUGACCCUCGAAACCUAGGGCUUGGCGUAGCCCGUGCAAGGCUGUACAUGCUUUGCUGGAACAAAUUGAAAGUAGUGUGGGAUGCCCCUUACGAUCUUGCUGAAUUUUUGGAUGCCUUGGCCAGCCAACGGGUUCUGACGGCAAUCCACUAUUUCUGGCAAAAGCGCCCAUGCUCUGCACUCAGCGAUGCCGAUGAGAGAAACCUUGCCGAGUACCGGACCCUGACGAAGAAGAAAAAGUUCCCUGACCUGUCCCAGUACGCACGCAACGGGCGUGGCCGCGGGGAGGUUUCUGACGGUGCCUUGAUGACCCUCACAACAAAUUGCCAGAAGAUUUGGAGCGAGGAACGAAAGCGCUUCAUGGAGCCUACUGAACUGCUUUCUGCGCAGGUGGUUCCCACCACUGAUUUGCAAGCGAGCAUGUGCCAAGCCCCAAAAUUGAACCUUUCAGGAGUGAAGCCCGCCUCCAUUUGCAAGAUGGCAGGGAACGGAAUGUCAGUGCCCUGCGUCGGAUUCAUGCUUCUUGCAGCAAUUUGCAGCUUGAAGCCGAUUCCAGUGCAAUGA